GAACCAGGAAGUGUGUUUAUUGUUCAGUUACAUGCUGAUAGACUUCUCCACAAUCUGUUCGCAUCUGCUAUCAUCUGUUGUCUUUCGUGGCAUCGUCUCUCCAUCCAAUGUUGACAGGGUAUCUGUAAAGAGUCGCAGUGAGACUGCAUUAACAAUAGAAUGGAACAAAGUGAACAACAACAACAUUUACAGUUACAGACUGACAGACUACAAUGGAAUAAACAUCAGCAUCAGUGGAUCAGAGGGAGUUUCUGUAGUGACACACACAGUCUCCUCUCUUUCUCCUGGAACUAAAUACUCCUUCACUCUGUACACUAUAUUGGAAGGAGUGGAGAGCAGUGGAUACAACUUUACCAGUGUCACCACUCCAUCAAAUGUUGACAGUGUGUUUGUAAGGUAUCGCAGUGAGACUGCAUUAACAUUAGAAUGGAACAAAGUGAACAACUUUUACAGUUACAGACUGACAGACUACAAUGGAAUAAAUAUCAACAUCAGUGGAUCAGAGGGAGAUUCUGUAGUGACACACACACUCAUCUUUUUCUCCUGGAAAUAUGGCACUUCCUUGUAUGUCACUCUGUUCCCAGUUCCAGCUACUGAAACUGAUCUGCACUGUGAAUAUGCAUCUGGAGGCUAUGGUCUAUUUCUGGUUUGGGGUCCUCCCGUUGGAGAGAGGACGUCUGUGCUGGUCAACAUCAAUGGCAAAAGUUUUAAUGAUGUCUUAAGAAAGUCAAAAUCCUCUGUAAAGCCCAAACUAUCAAGUGGCAAAUACAAGCCAGUUUCCCUAAAAGAGUUUCCAAAACACUUCAACUCCAUGAGUCGUGAUGAGAACCAUGGUUUCAAAAUGGAAUUUGAGGAGUUAAGUGUAGUGGGUGCUAUGCAGAGCCAUACAGCUGCUCUCCUACCUGAAAACAAGAGCAAGAACCGAUUCCCCAGUGUAUUGGCCUAUGAUUCAUCUCGUGUAAAGCUCACUGUGCAAAAUGGAUCUGAUUACAUCAAUGCUAGCUACAUCCCAGGAUAUGCUAGUACCAGAAAGCACUACAUAGCUGCUCAGGGUCCUCUUGCCUCCACUGUCUCUGAUUUCUGGAAAAUGGUGUGGGAGCAGAAGUCUCAGGCCAUUGUCAUGCUGAUCAACUGUAUGGAGAGUGGAAAGGUUAUGUGUAAACAGUACUGGCCCCUGGACUGCACUCUCUGUACAUAUGGCAAUCUGCUGGUCACUGUCAAAUCAGAGAAAAAAGAGAAAAGCUGGAUUCCAGAAUUUGUAGUGAGGAAUUUGGUCACCUCUGACGAGCGAAGAGUGAAACACCUCCAUUUCACAGCGUGGCCCAAUGGUGGAGUUCCCAGGAGAAUAAAUGAGUUGAUCCAGUUCUGUGGGAUUGUCUGCAGGCAUAAAGAGAGCUUCUCAUUCACAGGACCUUCAGUAGUACACUGCAGUGCUGGAGUGGACAGGACGGGUACUCUGAUCGCCCUGGAUAUGUUACUGCAGCAACUAGAGAAUGAGGAAGCAGUCAGUGUUGCAGCCUGUGUACAUCACAUGAGACUCAGCCGGCCUCACAUGGUGCAGACUGAGUCUCAGUAUGUGUUCCUGCAUCAGUGCAUCAUGGAUUCUCUGCAGCCCAUAGAGGAUUUCGUCCAAGAGCAUGUAUAUGAAAAUCCAGAUGUCUAUGAAAAUCCAGAUGUCUAUGAAAAUACAGAUAUCUAUGAAAAUACAGAUAUUUAUGAAAACAGAGAAAUGGCCAAUGCUAAUGCUAUGGUCCUAAGAUCAUAUAAGACAGCCAGCUAA